CUGCGUGCUGUGCCGGGCCAGGUCGCUUCCUAUGACAUUUGGGAUUAAAGUGUGGCUUCCCCCGAGCUGUUGCGAAGAUGCCUUUCCACCCAGUCACCGCGGCGUUGAUGUACCGGGGCAUUUACACCAUCCCGAACAUCCUUGCAGCAGAACAGCACCCUGUUGACAUACCUGAGGAUGAGCUGGAAGAGAUCCGCGAGGCAUUCAAAGUCUUUGACCGGGAUGGGAACGGUUUCAUCUCCAAGCAGGAACUGGGCACGGCAAUGCGGUCCCUCGGCUACAUGCCCAACGAGGUAGAAUUGGAGGUCAUCAUCCAGAGGCUGGACAUGGACGGCGAUGGACAAGUGGACUUUGAAGAGUUUGUGACAUUGCUCGGCCCCAAACUUUCCACUUCUGGAAUCCCUGAAAAGUUCCACGGCACUGACUUUGACACUGUGUUCUGGAAGUGCGACAUGCAGAAGCUGACAGUGGAUGAGUUGAAGCGGCUGCUGUACGACACUUUCUGCGAACACCUCUCCAUGAAGGACAUCGAAAACAUCAUCAUGACUGAGGAGGAAAGCCACAUGGGGAACGCAGAAGAGUGUCCAGUUGAUGUGGAAACCUGCUCAAACCAACAGAUCAGACAGACGUGUGUCCGCAAAAGUCUCAUCUGCGCCUUUGCCAUUGCAUUCAUCAUCAGUGUCAUGCUGAUUGCUGCCAACCAAGUGCUGCGGAGUGGGAUGAAGUAGCCCCAGGUGGAUGGAUGGAUAGAUGGACAGACAUACAGAUGGACUUCCUUGAAGAACA